UGUUUUCCUCCUUUAACGUGACCAUGAGGACCACUGGGAAAGCUCUGUUUUGCCACCUCUACAUGUUACUGCUUUUUGUAGGUUUUUGCCAAGGAAAGGACCUCUUCUUCAAUGACAAAAGACUCCUACUCCCAGAAUCCUACAAGAUUGGCUGGAUGGAGGCCAUUGAUGACGACAAAUUAAUCUCUGACAUCACCAUACCUGGUACCCAUGACACCAUGGCUCUCUAUGGAGGCCCAGCGGCAGAGUGUCAGGCCUGGGAGUUGGGGGAUCAGCUGAGGGCCGGCAUACGCUAUCUGGACCUCAGGAUAUUCGCCUUUGAAAACAAACUCUAUGUCAUGCACUGGGUUGUCUACCAACACAAGUCGUUCUAUGAGGUCCUUGACACGAUCAGAGCAUUUUUGUCCGAAUUCAGAAGUGAGGCGGUUCUCAUUAGAGUAAAGCCUGAUUUGUUUGAUAAAGAGAAUGUUGAGGAGCUGAUUGGAGAAAUGAUUAUUGAUGAUACAGAUGUAUGGGUGAAGUCUGACAUGCCAACUAUGGCUGAGGCAAGAGGAAAGAUGAUAUUUGUACAGAAAUCCAGCUUUAAGCUGGGCAUUCCUCUCUUGGAAACAGACAGCAAGGGUGACUAUGAAGUUACGCAUAUUGCAGACAAGGAGAACAAAAUUGUGAAACACUUGACACAAGCUUCAGGUGAUUGUGGUGGGGAUUAUAUCGUUCUGAGCUACUCCAGUGGCACUGGCAUUGGCACACUGUUGGGCAUGUUUCUAACUCCCAAGAAGGUGGCUGAAAAGAUUGACCCAUGGCUCGAUCAGUAUCUGAGACAGUUCUCCAGUGACCACAGCAGUGCAUGUUUCGGGGUGAUUGCCAUGGACUUUCCUGGUAUCGACCUCAUUCAAACAGUCAUUAAGAUCAAUGAUUGGUGAAGUGUUCACCCAUGGAAGUCAUAAUUAUA